CGCCAGUGCUGCUCCGACGGUUUAUGCGUCUCUGCUUGAGAUAAUUAACGAAUAAACAUGGGAGAACUGGAAGACCUGUCUGGACAUGUCCUAGGAGGAACCGUUUUCCUGGUGGCUUCUUUAUGGCUCCUUUGGAACACCCUCGUGAGAUGGCAUCGAAGUCGGCUCGACCCUUCCUCGCCUCCGUACCGAACUGGUUUCCGAUUCCCGGUGUUUGGAAAGCAAGGGGUGGAUUCUGGCGUCCUCUCCUCUUUACUUGCUGUCGGAAUCAUAGGGGAAAUCAUAGGUGGAUUUGACCAAAAUUGGAAGUGGGAGCAAAUGGGAAACACUCAGCAUCUGUGCGUUUACUCUUCCUUCUUCAUCUUCUGCUUCAUCGGGUUUCUCAUGGAUAUGGGUUGUACCUUUCUGCCGUAUGUUGAUCACGCCUUCAUGAUACUUGCCUUGACUGUGGAAUGGCUCGUAUUCUCCUACCAUCUCCAUGGCAAAACUCCACUCCAAGCUCUAGUUCACAUUUUGCUCGGAAACGUGUUGAAAAGCAGUAUAGUGCUGGCAUUCCUGAACGCCUGGAAGAGGUCCCAGGUACUUCUUACCCUUGCACUCGUCUAUUCGUUUCUCGUCCAAGGAACCUGGUUCUACCAAAUCGGAUUCAUUGAGGAUCCUCCUUGGAAGAGCACAUGGAACGGGGAAAGUCACGAUCACAUGACCAUCAUUACUGUGAUCUUCGUCGCCCACUUAUUCCUCGAUGCCAUAUUCAUUCUGAUUCUCAAUGGUUUCAUUGCGGCUUGGGUGCGUGGACGAGGACGUCUUAGAUAUUGCUCCGAGGACGAGAAACAGAUGCUGCCACGAUAUGAGAAGCUGGAUGAGAAGACAGACGACUUCUCGGGGGAGAAAUUCCAUUGAAAGACAACAGAUUCAUCGAAACAAUUUUGAAAUAAAAUACAUAGAGACAUUGUACAAGCAUGAAGGGUGUGGGUAUGAAUAAUAUAAUAAAAAUCUUGAAGUGAG